AGCGGAGGGGCGUCUGGGCCCGAAUACUCGAUUGAGGAGCAAGCCGUGAGUUAGAUUUGGGGAGCGUGCGGGCCGCCGGUGCAGCGCAGUCGGAGAGCUUUUUCCAUCUGGUGUGUCAGACUUGCUACGAAGACAGCAUGAAGUAUUUUCUUGUCUGCCUGCUGCUUGUUGGCAGCGUGUUUGCUGAUGACGAUGAGAAAAAGGAGGAUGUGGGGACUGUGGUUGGCAUUGAUCUGGGAACCACGUAUUCCUGCGUUGGUGUCUUCAAGAAUGGCCGAGUGGAGAUCAUUGCGAAUGACCAGGGUAACAGAAUCACACCCUCCUAUGUGGCCUUCACGCCAGAAGGGGAGCGUCUCAUAGGGGAUGCUGCUAAAAACCAGCUGACCUCCAACCCUGAGAACACGGUGUUUGAUGCCAAGCGCCUGAUUGGGAGAACAUGGAAUGAUCCUUCUGUGCAGCAGGAUGUCAAGUACUUGCCUUUCAAGGUCAUUGAAAAGAAGGCUAAGCCUCAUAUUCAGGUUGAUAUUGGUGGAGGGCAAAUGAAGACAUUUGCCCCUGAAGAAAUUUCAGCCAUGGUUCUGACAAAGAUGAAGGAGACAGCGGAAGCCUAUUUAGGAAAGAAGGUUACACAUGCUGUGGUCACUGUGCCAGCUUACUUCAACGAUGCCCAGCGCCAGGCCACAAAGGAUGCUGGCACCAUCGCAGGAUUGAAUGUCAUGAGAAUCAUUAAUGAACCUACUGCGGCUGCCAUUGCUUAUGGCUUGGACAAGAGGGAGGGCGAGAAGAACAUCCUUGUUUUUGAUUUGGGCGGUGGGACUUUCGACGUCUCCCUUCUCACCAUCGACAAUGGGGUCUUUGAAGUCGUGGCUACCAAUGGUGACACUCACCUUGGUGGGGAAGAUUUUGACCAGAGGGUGAUGGAGCACUUCAUUAAACUGUACAAGAAGAAAACUGGGAAGGAUGUCCGGAAGGAUAACAGAGCUGUUCAGAAGCUCCGUCGGGAAGUGGAGAAAGCCAAGAGAGCCCUUUCUUCCCAGCACCAGUCUAGGAUUGAGAUUGAAUCCUUCUUUGAGGGAGAAGAUUUCUCUGAGACUUUGACUAGGGCCAAAUUUGAAGAACUGAACAUGGAUCUCUUCCGUUCCACCAUGAAACCUGUCCAGAAAGUUCUAGAGGAUGCAGACCUGAAGAAGUCAGACAUUGAUGAAAUUGUGCUGGUUGGGGGCUCUACCCGAAUCCCCAAGAUCCAGCAGCUGGUAAAAGAAUUUUUCAAUGGCAAGGAGCCCUCUCGGGGCAUCAAUCCCGAUGAAGCUGUGGCUUAUGGUGCUGCUGUCCAAGCUGGUGUCCUGUCAGGAGACCAAGAUACUGGUGACCUGGUGCUGCUUGAUGUCUGUCCUCUAACUUUGGGGAUCGAGACAGUUGGUGGAGUCAUGACCAAACUCAUCCCUAGAAAUACUGUUGUCCCCACCAAGAAGUCACAGAUUUUCUCCACAGCCUCUGAUAACCAGCCAACGGUGACAAUCAAAGUUUGUGAAGGCGAGCGUCCCCUCACAAAAGACAACCAUCUGCUGGGGACUUUCGACCUGACCGGAAUCCCUCCUGCUCCGCGAGGUGUCCCCCAGAUCGAGGUCACCUUUGAGAUUGAUGUGAACGGGAUCCUUCGUGUCACUGCUGAGGACAAGGGCACUGGCAACAAGAACAAAAUCACCAUCACCAACGACCAGAACCGCCUCACGCCAGAAGAGAUCGAGAGGAUGGUGAACGAUGCUGAGAAAUUUGCUGAGGAAGACAAAAAGCUGAAAGAGAGGAUCGAUGCCAGGAAUGAGCUGGAAAGUUACGCCUACUCUUUGAAAAACCAGAUUGGGGACAAGGAAAAGCUGGGUGGCAAGCUCUCGUCAGAAGACAAAGAAACAAUUGAAAAGGCCGUGGAGGAGAAAAUCGAGUGGCUUGAGAGCCACCAAGAUGCUGACAUCGAAGACUUCAAAGCUCAGAAGAAGGAGUUGGAAGAGGUGGUGCAGCCCAUUGUAGGCAAGCUAUACGGUGGUGCAGGCCCACCCCCUGGUGACGAAGAAGCGGGGGCAGGAGAAAAGGAUGAGUUGUAGGCCGUGGCUGCUUGAACGUUGAUGCUAUGUAAAUAUUGGACUCCGAACUUUUGUUUAAACUAUUGAACUCUAGAUCUGGAAUGUGAUCAGAAUCUUCACUCAAGUGGAGUUGGAAAUGCUAGCCCGAAGUGGCUGUUUACUGCUUUUCGUUAGCAGUUGAUACAUGUCUGGGCCGGGGGGGGGGGGGGGGGGGGGGGAGGGGAGGGGGGAAGAGGCUAACCUACUGGGACAGGCAUAGACGUGUUCAUCUUGAAACCAUUCUAUUUAACAAGUGGGUUGUGUGCAUCUGUGGAGAACUUUUCUACCCUCCAAGUGACAACAAUAAAUUUGUUACUUAACACUGA